ACAGAAAGAGCUGUAGAGCCAAGCGGAGAACAUGCAGAUCCGGAUCGUAUGAUGGAAUUUAGCGAACAAGAAUGGAAUUGGACAAUACAACAACAGCCAGUACACCUGAUGAAGAGGUUAGAACUCUUUUUGUGAGCGGAUUGCCGAUGGAUGCAAAACCUAGGGAAUUGUAUCUUUUGUUCAGAAGCUAUCAGGGCUACGAGGGAUCGCUGCUCAAAGUAACAGGGAAGAAUGGAAAAAAUACAUCUCUUCCGCCGGUUGGUUUUGUAACUUUUACAUCUCGCAUACUCGCUGAAGCGGCUAAAGAAGAUCUUCAAGGGGUUAGAUUUGAUCCAGAUUUACCACAAACCUUGCGGUUGGAAUUCGCCAAGAGCAAUACGAAAGUAGCGAAGCCUAAACAGCAGUCUCCUUUACCAGCAGCGACACACCCCACCGCUCUCCUUCAUCCCUUAACUGGACAGGAAUUGGCGGCCGCCGGCUUCUUUCCUGGUCUAGAUGCAGCUUCCUGGACAGCAGCAACUCAUGUUCCCUUCACGGCCUACGGAUCGCCAGAUCUAACUCCGACCGGCGCCGCUUUCACCCAUCAUAAUUUAUUUCAGCAUCCAGCUCUUGGUAAGAUAUUUAUUGAUUUUUAAUGUGUGUUGUUAAUAUUUAUCUUAAAAAAAAUUGAUUGUUACAUUCAGCUCAAGCUCUCCCUUUUCCGUGGAUUCAGGCACCAAAAAAUGCUUAAAUAAACAGUGUAAAAUAUAAAUCCUAUUUACAAUCAUAUACUGUUUAUAUACUACCUCUGUGAAACAUUCCUCGUCUAGUCGAUGAUGACCGACUCUUCUACUUCAAUGAGGUUGUUGAAUCCACUUGCCGAUUUUAAGACCGACCAGCAGAAUCGUUGUGAUAAGCUGCGAGCAGCUAUAUUUAGUAAAAUUCAUUUUAAAAAAUUCUCUUAUAUACUAUGUUUGUGUGUGCGUGCUUUAUUGAAUGAAGCGAACGAAUAAUUUGUUUGUCGUAUUAGUUAGUAUAUAAAAUAUCCAUGCAGAAAUGCGAGAAGCGGUUGCCACGCGCGUAACCUCGACGAAUCAAUUUGUGCGGUUUGUACUUCUCCGUAUGAAGGAAAAAGCUCGUGGCAAUCCGUCGCUUUUGCAAUCAAUGCCAUAUUGUUUCAAUUCUAUCAGCUCUUACUGUUGUUUAAGUCGUAUUUUUACAUUCGUCUCUAUGGCGUCAUGUAUGUUUACUUAAAAAAAAAAAUUCAUUUUGGUUUUUUUUCGAAUACGAAAACACUUUCAGGUGUACGACGUAAAAGUCAAUAAACGGUUAAUUACACCGACUGAGGGAAUUAUUAACGCUCUCGGAAAUUGAUUGCGUGCCUCUACUAGGCCUAUUUAAAGCGUGCAAACCUCUAUUAAACACGUUUGAAACGCCGUUUAUUAACUGUUAAUGUUCUGAACUCGAGUAGACCUUUCUCUUCUUGCAUUUCUUAUUUCUUCCAUUAUAACACUUUUAAUGUUUCGAAUGUUUCUCUUCGUCAGACAUUAAUUAAUUAAUUAUUUUAAAUAAGAAGACAUUGUUUUGCUGUAAAAUAAUUUUUAAUGGGAACAAGACAUCUGGAUGUAGCCGAACAGGAAACUAAAAUCGAAGCAGUACUUAAAAAAAUUACUCAGGGAGGUAAUGUUUUCCGUCGUUUGUUUCCUUUUGACAUAAUACUAGAUGUCGUUGUUCGAAAACCAGUAGGUGGCC